AUGAAGUUCACCAUCCCCACCAUCAUUCUGGCUGCCAGCUCAGCUUUCGCUGCCCCAGCCGAAGUCAAGCGGUCCACCCAAUUCCAAGUCACAGACUUCUGGGCCAUCGCAUCGUACCCGACAAGCAGCGCCUCUAUGCACUUUGUCCUCACCGACCCCAACUACCCCGAUGAUACUCCCACCGACUGCAACUUGCUCUGGACUUAUGGCAACUCGCCAAAGCAGAGCGCCCGAUGCAACAACGGAGAGUACUAUAUCAAGUUCCCGCAGGGUGCCCCUGAUUUCAACCUCUUCACUCUCGAGCUUGAGCGAGUCAACGGUACCAUUGCUGAGGACCGUCAGAUCCUGCUGAGCUCCAACGCAAAUGGAGGCGCUCCUGGCACCAAGUGGAUCUGCAAGAACGACCCCUCAGAGGAUAUUCGUAUUCGCUGUGACUACGACGGCACUCUGGAGUUCUGA